CAAGGAAAGCCCCGUUCUGGCAGCUCCUUCGCUGAAUUACAGCCUCUUCUCCGCUCCAUGUUGUUGAGGGGAGAGGAGCGGAGCGGAGGCGACGGAUCCGUCAUGGAGCAGCUUUAGGAGAGAUAAAGCACAAGCGCCUCUAGCCCUGCGCAGAAAUCACACACCGGCAGGAGUCUAUCAGUGACGGCGGGCGAGAGCGCGAUCAUGCGGUGCGCGGACAGCAGAAUCUGAACGCGUCCGCCGUUAAAGAUGUCCGCGGAGCAGCAGCGCGACCCGACGCGGGCGGAGGUGCAGCGGCUGUCCCGGGAGCUGGCGGAGACCACGCGGGAGAAGAUCCAGGCGGCGGAGUACGGGCUCGCGGUGCUGGACGAGAAGCAGCAGCUGAAGCAGCGGUACGACGAGCUGGAGGCGGAACACGAGACCGUCCGCCAGGAGCUGGAGCAGCUGCGAGAGGCGUUUGGACAGGCCCACUCCAACCACAGGAAGGUGGCGGCUGAUGGCGAGAGCCGCGAGGAGUCGCUGAUCCAGGAGUCGGCGUGUAAGGAGGCGUAUUACGAGCAGCGCAUGCAAGAGCUGCAGUCUGAGCUGCGACAAGCACGUAACAUCCUGACCAACGUCCAGUCAGAGAACGAUCGGCUCGCCACCAUCACUCAGGAACUCCGAGAGAGCAGUCAGAUGGUGGAGCUGCAGAGGUCUCGUCUGCACGACGACGUCAAGGAGCUCAAGUUCAGAGAGGCUCGUCUGCUGCAGGACUACAGCGAACUCGAGGAGGAGAACAUCACCCUCCAGAAACAUGUUUCUGUCUUAAAACAGAGCCAGGUUGAGUUUGAGGGUCUGAAACAUGAAAUUCGUCGUCUGGAGGAAGAUACCCAGUUUCUGAACAGCCAGUUGGAAGACGCCAUCCGUCUGAAGGAGAUCGCAGAGAGGCAGCUCGGGGAGGCGCUGGAAACCAUCAAGACUGAGAGGGAGCAGAAGGCCGCCUUAAGAAAGGAGUUGUCGCAGUACAUGACCAUCGGAGACUCGAUGUACCACAGUCCUUUGAGCAUCUCCCUCGAUGGGCUGAAGUUCAGCGACGACACCUCAAUCGAGCCCAACAACGACGAACCCCUCCACGUGUACGAGAAUGGCUUUGACAAGAUCGACAACAACGACAACCGUGUUUCCACGCCCAAAAAAGGAGAGCGGUUCCACCCUUCCUCCAGCCUCGUGGACAAUCUGCUGAAUGAGCUCAACAUCUCAGAGAUCCAGAAGCUCAAACAACAGCUGCUGCAGGUGGAGCGGGAGAAGGUGACGCUGCUGUCGACCCUGCAGGAGUCUCAGAAGCAGCUGGAGCAGGCUCACGGAGCGCUAUCUGAGCAGCACGAGAAGGUCAGCCGUCUCACCGAGAACCUCAACGCCGUCCGCAAACUCCAGGCCAGCAAAGAGCGCCAGUCCGCUCUGGACAAUGAGAAGGAUCGCGACAGCCACGAGGACAGUGAAUACUAUGAGGUGGACAUCAACGGCCCCGAGAUCCUGGAGUGCAAGUACAAGGAUGCUGCCUUAAAAGGCAACGAUUACCAUUCAGCCUGUCAAUCUCAGUAUAAGGAGGAGCGGGUGCAGCUGGAGAGCCAGGUUGCAUCUUUAAGCACACAGGUCACGUCUCUGGAGCGCAGCAGCAGAGCCGACCGCGAGCAGCUGGCACGGCUCGAGAAAGAGCUCCGUCAAGCCAGCGAAGUGGCAGGCGAAUCCCAGGGCAGCCUUAACAUCGCACAAGACGAGCUUGCCACCUUCAGCGAGGAGCUAGCCAACCUCUACCAUCACGUAUGCAUGUGCAACAACGAAACGCCGAACCGCAUCAUGCUCGACUACUACCGCGAAGGUAAGGCUGGCGUUAAUGGCACACAGACCACAGGCUGGGGCAGCCCUGACGGUCGCGGACGCCGCUCUCCCAUCCUGCUGACCCGCGGCCUCUUCCCCAGCGACGGAGCUUCGUCUCCGGUCUCCUCCGUCCCGUCCCCGGUGCCUGAUCCCCGCAAAGAGCCCAUGAACAUCUAUAACCUGGUGGCUAUCAUCCGUGACCAGAUCAGACACCUGCAGCUAGCGGUGGACCGCACCACCGAGCUCUCGCGCCAGCGCAUAGCUUCCCUGGAGCUGGGUCUCGGGGCAGACCGAGACCAGGAGGCCAGCGUGGAGGAGAUCCUCAAACUCAAAUCGCUCCUCAGCACCAAGAGGGAGCAGAUAGCCACGCUGAGGACCGUCCUGAAGGCCAACAAACAGACCGCUGAGGUGGCGCUGGCCAACCUGAAGAGCAAAUAUGAGAACGAAAAGGCCAUGGUGACUGAAACCAUGAUGAAGCUUCGCAACGAGCUCAAAGCCCUAAAAGAGGACGCAGCCACUUUCUCCUCGCUCAGGGCCAUGUUUGCCACGCGCUGUGACGAGUACGUGACUCAGUUGGAUGAGAUGCAGAGGCAGCUGGCUGCUGCGGAUGAUGAGAAGAAGACACUGAACUCCCUCCUCCGUAUGGCCAUCCAGCAGAAGCUGGCGCUCACCCAGCGCCUGGAGGACCUGGAGUUUGACAACGAGCAGUCCCACCGCGGCAGAGCCAACGGCCGCUCCAAGACCGCCUCGCGUGGGAAACCCACCCACUCCCACGUGAGUCACCCUGCCGCCGCUGCCACCUGUGGGGGUCGAGGCGAGCCCAACGGCCUCCUGGGAACGCCGGUGGUGUUCUGCAGCGAGAAGUACAAGAUCUACUGCGACUGAAGCUGUGCGAGCCUCGUCAGCCGUUGUACAAAGCUCCACUCACGCACUCUCUUGCUUGCUGUGUGCUAACCCAUAUGAUGUGUCCGUGUGUUUAGGGCUAAAUAUGGUCAUGCCUGCUAGCGUCCUCGUAGCCAGGUGCAUGUUGUAGUGCUAGCUAAGGGCAGAAUGAAAUAACGUUUAGUCUUAUAGGUGAAGUGUGUUUCUGCUAGCGGCACCAAACCCAAUUGCACAAUUUUACAGCUCAAGGCAGCAUUUCUAGAUUAGACAUGAUAGAGAGAGCUAGCCAUAGGAUUGUUGAAUUGUGGUCACAAGUCAAUAGCCAUUCGCCCUUUUCCUCUGUCCAUCUCUCUCCUGCCUCUGAAAUCAGCAGCCCGUCCAAUCAGGUAACUUGUGUUUACAUACCCAACCAAACGAAAUAUGCAAACCUCCUCCCUGCCUUGUUGACGUGCAGGAAAACUCAUAGAAGUGUGCCAUUUUUGUUUUGUUUUUGCGAGAAAACAGAAAUAACAUCAAAAAUGAAAAUCGACGGGUUGGAGAGUGUGUGUGUGUUUUAACGAUGUCACUCGUGAGGCAGGCGGGAACGACGCGUGUUCAUAAAUCAGUAUGCGCCACGAAGCCAGUGGGCUUCUGGCUUGCUUUUUCAUUUGAUGUCUGGCUGCAGAACUGAGAGCUUUAAUAUGUCUUAGACUCGAUUACGUUUACUUGAGCACACACGGCUUCACACGGUGAAGUCAUGGUGAAGGGCUUGCCACGUGCUGUCAACAUAUUUCCCUUGCAGAUGAAACAUUAGAGAGGCCUUAUCUGUCGUUUCUGUGCUCUAAAUAGUGUGGCCGUCUCAUUUCAAGACGAGAAGGGCAAACCAAUGUCUCUUUUUGGAAAACAAAAUAUUCAAAGUUUCAGGCUUUCAUUCUCUGGCUUGCUUAAAACAUCCCGAAUCAGCUUUUCAUGAU